ACAAAAAGUUAACCACUUUUUUGACGCUGAGUUGUAGAAAAGACGGUGUCUUUUCUGCGCCGUGGAAGUUUGUAUAUCUGUAUGUGUCACAAAACAAGCCGAGAACGUUGUAGGCUAUUUCACAAUUACGCACAGUUUGUGAAACGUUUUGGGCUGGACUUUUUAACUCAAGCACGGGAUUUCCUGCAAACUGCUUGGAGCAGUUGGGAGUAAGAGACAGUGGAAAAGAAAAAUAAGAAGAUGCCUGAGCAAGAAAAGACGGAGAACUCCGAGGAUGUCUCAUCAUCAAAAACGCAAAGUUUAGGUAACGGAAGAAAAGAAUCGAAAGAUGGUGACAGUGAAGCAAAACAUAACCUUGAUCUUGCUGCAGUCUAUGUCUCUGACGCCCAGUACAACAGGAACAUCUGUUUUGACACUUCACCUCAGUCAAUAAGGUUAUAUCGGCUCUACAAUCACUGGGGUUUUCAAGUUCUCAUCUAUGUUUUCGUCAUUGUGGACCUUGCCUUGGCCCUUUUUGAGCGUCCCGCUCUCAUUCCUCUGCCUCUGUGGACGACCUCUGUGGUAGAGCUCAUCUGCUUAGUAGCCUUCACAGUGCGUCUCAUUCACUACGCCAAAGUCAUUCCUCGCCAGAACUUCUGGAAAGAUCCCAAGAAUAUAUGCAUCAUAGUCAUUGUAGUGCUCUCACUCAUAGAUUUGAUCAUAUAUGCUGCUUUGGAACUUGUGGGUCACUCCACUGUCCGAUGGUCUAGAGUUCUCAGGCCACUCCUGCUGGUGAACAUUACAGAGGGGCGUCAGCUCCGCAGAGCAUUCAGGAGUAUUCGGAAUGCAAUGCUUGAGAUCCUCUACGUCUUCCUCAUGUUUAUGUUCAGUGUGCUGAUGUUCUCGCUCAUGGCACUUAAACUGUUUGGAAAGAGGGGCCUUAAAACCAGUGAGGGAAACCCAUACUUUACAGACUACCUGGAGAUUGUCUUUGACCUCUAUGUUCUAGUGACCACUGCCAACAGCCCUGAUGUCAUGAUGCCAGCCUACAACUACAGCUCUUACUUUUCAAUUUUCUUCAUCAUAUAUAUCCUUAUCAACACCUACAUUUUUAUGUCUGUCUUCUUGGCUGUUGUGUACAACAACUACAAGAAAUACUUGAAGGAGGAGGUCCGGCAGCUGGUGAAGGCCAAGAAACGGAAGAUGCUGCGGGCAUUCUCUUUGUUGCAGGAGACUGGAAGAGACGGAGAACCUGUGGUGGCUCAAGAAAAAUGGAACCAGCUUGUGAAGCUGGUUCAGCCUGACCUCAGGAAUGCCCACAGGGAGCUCCUCUGGAGUGUUUCUGACAAUCACAACAAAGGUUACAUUGGAAAGCUUGCGUUUGUCCAGCUGGCAGAUCUACUGAAUAUCCAGGUGAUCACGGUAAAAUCGCGAAUCCACCCUUUGCAGAAAUGGCUGCCUGACCUGUACAACUCUCCUGCCAGUCGAUUUAUCUGUCGUAUGGUCAACCACAGAGUGUUUGUGAUUGUCUAUGAUGUGAUCAUCUUGGUGAAUGCUGUAUUCAUUGGUCUGGAUGAAGAGAACCCCCUGAUUUCUAAUGCUGAGUGGGCUUUCUUAGCCCUGUAUCUCAUGGAGAUCCUCCUCAAGCUCUACACCUUUGAACCGAGAUUCUUUUUCGCAAAGCAUCAGUUUUGGAACUGGUUUGACACAAUUAUCAUUGUAUCUGCCCUUAUUGCCACUAUUAUCAAUUCAGCACUGAAGUCGUCUGGUGGCUAUACCAGCCGUCAGGUUCUGGACAUCGUUUUCAUCCUGCGAGUUCUGAGGCUUAUUAGAGUUGUUGACAAUGUAAAAAGGUUCCGUGCCAUAAUAAAUACGCUUAUCAGAAUUGGACCGGCUAUCCUUACAUUUGGUCAGCUCAUUUUGGUGAUCUAUUACAUCUUUGCCAUGGUCGGUAUGGAGCUCUUCCAAGGGAAAAUUAAGUUCUUUGAAGCUAAUUCCAUGGAUCCAGGUCAGGAAUACUGUGGAAAUCCCCUCCUUAAAGGCACAACGUUUGCUGCUCUGAAGUACUGCAAAAACAACUUUAACAAUGUUGUGAACUCUUUCAUUACCCUCCUGGAGCUCACAGUGGUCAAUCAGUGGCAUGUUCUGACCAGCGGUUUUACAGCGGUCACUCAUGUCUCCUCCAGGAUCUUCUUUGUUCUCUUUCACAUUGUUGUUGUGAUCAUCAUAAUCAAUAUCUUCAUUGCAUUUGUGCUGGAGGCCUUUUUCUUGGAGUACACAGUUGCAAAAAGUGAUUUGCAGACAUCACUGGAGAAGAAAAUUGAGGAACUGGAACUGGGUGUAGAACAAGAUGGCCUCGAUGGCAACUUGGUGGAAUCCAUGGAGACACGUGAUAAUGACUUGGGCCCCUCAGAAACUGGAAAGGAAAAGCCCUCACUGAUGUUCAGUAUAGCAUCAAAAAGGUAUAAAACUAUAGAUGGUUUAUUGCAAAGGAUGUUUGAAGGAGAUCUCAGUCUUGAAGACAUUGAUGAAGAGGAUCCAGAAAACAUGAGCUUUCCAAAUCCUGCAUUUGGUUCUGUAUAACCACAAUUAAAAGGGAACAUAUAAAGUGAGCUUUACCUUUGUUUAAACUUGUGUAAAUAUAAAUGAUGUCACUUCAAACAUUUUAUUAUAUGUGUUUUUUUUUUAAAUGAAAAUUAUUCAAGCUACAUCAUGUGGACUAUGGUUAGUACUCAUACAGUGUGGUUAUACAGCAGUUGAUACAGUACAUUCAGUUCCACACGGUCGUGUGCACAGUAGACGGAAGAGAGAGAGAGAGAGAGA